AUGUGAACGCACCGUCGCUGACUAUAAACUAAAAGAUCCUUUAGUAUCCUUGAUACAAUCUGUAUGAGCUAGCAUUGUUUCAACUAGACAUCCUUUUACGAAUUGAGUCUUUGGCUGCUGGCUGAUUGCCGUGAGGCCAGCAUCUUCAGCUCGCUUAAAUAUUAAUUGAGCCCUCGUUCGACCAGCGUAUUAUGAGUGGAGAAUGAGGCAAGUGACACGCGCAUCCUCGGGUCAAAGUCAGGCCCUCCUUUCAUGCCUCAUUAUCGCCGUGUGCGCCGCAUUAAUAAUUCAAGCUGGGCAAAUCCAGGGUGCGAAAGCUCAGCCGGGACGCGAACCCGGCGAGGUGAAUUCGCGGCAGCCCGGCAACGGUGCGUAUGAAAACAGUACUACUGACAUGGAGAGGCGAUUGCGCAAAGUAAUUUGGAAAUGCGUUUCCACAGGAAAUGGGACCACUGGCCACCGCGUGCCGCGCAGUGUGUUCCACGUGCGCUGGAACCCCAACGAGAAGUUCAUCGUGGAGAGUCGCGAGAACCCGGCCAUCAACUCCUCCAAGCUGGCUCCGCAUCCCCGACUCAAGGUCUCCAAGAACACCAAGCUCACGCUGAGCCCCAAGCUGUAUCUCUGCCACGACAAGCACUCGGAGCUGUGCCACAACAAGACCCAGCAGUUCCGCCAGCGCAUUGUCCGGGCCUUCGAGAAGGCCAUGGUGGAGUCGGUAAACGAGUCGCAGGCGAACCACUACAACGUGGACUACAAGCCCGUCUUCGGGGACAGCUUCGAGGAGCAGUACUACCCCUCGACCUGCCUGGUCAUGGAGGCGGGCGUGCGGGUCCUGCGCCGCAAGGACGCGCCCUUCAACAAGCUGCCCUUCGGCCGGCUCUUCCCGCGCCAGAAGCUCUUCCGCAACGUCAAGGACAUCAAGACCUGUGCCAUCGUCUCCAGUGCGGGAUCCUUGGCUGGCUCCAAGUUAGGCCGCUUCAUCGACACGCACGACAUUGUGAUGAGAUUCAAUCAUGCGCCCACGCAAGGACACGAGGUGGAUGUUGGCAGCAAAACCACGAUCCGUGUGGUGAAUUCGCAAGUGGUCACCAAGCCGGAAUUCGACUUCACCCGGGCCCCCAUCUUCCGGAACGUCACGAUCGCCGCCUGGGAUCCGGGCAAGUACAAUGGCACGCUGGAGGAUUGGCUCACCAGCGCUGACUACGACCUCUUCACCAACUACGAGCUGUACAGGCGGCGCUAUCCCAAGUCGCGCGCCUUCCUCAUCGAUCCCCACUCCGUGUGGCGCCUGUGGCAGAGUCUGCAGAUGUUUGCCGGAAACCGGCCGAUAAGCAGGAAUCCCCCCAGUUCCGGUUUCAUAGGACUGGCCCUGCUCCUGCCGCACUGUCCCCAGGUGGACUUCGUGGAGUACGUGCCGUCCACACGACUCAAUGGACGCUGUCACUACUACAGCAAAGAGAUGAAUUCCGCCUGCACAUUCGGCUCCUGGCAUCCGCUGGCCGCCGAGAAGCUGAUGGCCCUGGACAUGAACAUGGCGGAGGACGACGACAUGUCGGUCUUCCAGUUCGGCAUCCUGCGGAUACGCAGGCCGGACAAGCUGCUCUGCGGCUUCAACUUCUUUGGCUACUGAGGAGGAGCGCGAUUCCCAGCUGCCAGUUCGCAGCUUGCAGGCGGAAGUGGCAGUGACAAUCCAGGUGCAUUUAAUCAAAUGGUUUUCAUC